GAAAUCUAUAAUUUUUUAACGUCAUUGCUAAGCCUCUUGAAAACCUCAUCGAACGUGACGACGAUGACUCCCACAAAGGCUACAGACAGGUGAGGUAAUCGAGGCUUCAUUGCGACUUAUUUUUAUUUUUAUUUUUUAUUUAUCCUUUUUAUUCUAACCCAUUUCCUGUCGCUGUCCUCGUGCUGCUUCUGUCGCAAACCUUCCGCAAUACACAAUAUCAACCCCCCUCCUCACCUCGCUAUAAUGAGAUUCUUCCUCCUCCCCAUCUCAACUCGGCGAACUCUACUAUACUGCCAAAGACUUCAAUCCUUACCAACAAACAAGCAGACCCUUAUUGAUAAGGCUCCGGCUCGUGCCGCGCAGCUUUGGUCUAGCUGGGAGAAGAAAGAAAGCGGUUGGCAGAAGAAAGUUGUCGACUAUGGUAACUCUCUAUUAAGGAGGAUCUCUUACGAGGAAUGGGGCCUCAAAUCGGUACCUCCUCUAUCCACUAGACGAAGGGAAGAGGAGAUCCUAGGAAAAGAAAAGAGCCAUCUUAUUUACCCAGAGACCCUGAUCCCUUCAUCAAAGGCUGUAAGUGUCCUUCGAAACCUCGGCACAGAGCGGGAAGCGUUACAUAAAACUCGGUUAAUAUGGUGCCUUAUUGGGAUGCCCCUUAGUGCACCGUUUGCUCUCGUACCUGUAAUCCCCAAUCUGCCUUUCUUUUAUCUAGCGUAUCGAGCUUGGUCGCAUUGGCGAGCUUUCGCGGGCGGCAAGCACAUCCAGUUUCUUUGCGACAAGAAUAUCUUGGCUUUAUCUCCAUCACCAGUCCUCGACUCGUUCUACACUCCACUUCUCCCCGACUCUCCUACGACGAAAGAGCAAAUAGCAGACGUAGAUAAGGCGAGCUCGUCAACUGCUAGUAGUCCUAAAGAGUCUGCGGAAGAACGAAUGCUACUCUCGCAGGAGCAUGGGCGGCAGCUCGUAAAGGCGUUGGACAUACCGGAGCUCCAAGUUGAACUGGAACGGGCUAUUUGGCAGGUCGAGUCGGCAAUACAAAAAGAAAAAGAGAAGCCCAAAACAAACGACACGGAGAAACGACAAUGAUCAUGACAUCAAUAAAUAAAUACAUCAUCUCGGGAAUACUAGUGACGAUAGGGUAUUGCAUAAUGGCAAAAUUACGAGUUCAUAGAUAAAAGAUACCCAGAUUUGGU